UCAGUGUUGUGGUGAGCUAUCAAUGUGUUUGUUAGCAAAGAUGCGUGAUUAUUAAGAGUCUAGUUUAACCUCCGAUAAUGAUUUGACUGUUUAUGAUGGAUUCGGGACUUUGGCCAAACAAGGUCGAUUUUAACUUGGUCAACCAUGAUGAACCAAGGUUGAUAAUAAAAAGCUGUUUUGUGCAGUCAUUAACUGAGAUUGCUUGUGCAGGCAUUAACCGUGAGAGUCAUUAAGCAGGACAGGAAGAAGCUCUUUCACCUAGAAAAUAAACACACGUGCGCUGUACCCACUCUUCAUCUCGGAAGAAAACCCACCACAGACGGUUUCAGUUUGACUCAGACGACGAGCUGCUAGAGUCUCAAUGUGAGGCGACAGACAUUAACGUUUUAAUUAGACUUUUGACUGAACAAUUGAAGAGAAUGAUUCACGAGUUUACUUUGUUCUGUUUGUACUGGUGGCGUCUGACUGGUGUGUUUGGUGAUUCAGUGUCAGUGACGGAGGGAGAUUCUGUUACUCUAAACACUGAUCUUACUGAAAUACAUAAAGAUGAAGAUAUACUGUGGAAAUAUGGAGCUAAAUAUUUUAUUAUAGCUGAAAUCAGCCGAGAUUAUAGAAUUUUCAUCACUCAUGAUGGUCCUGAUGGGAGAUUCAGACACAGACUGAAGCUGGACAAUCAAACUGGAUCUUUGACCAUCAUGAACACCACGACUGAACAUGCUGGAGUUUAUGAACUAGAGAUAACUGGAGCGAAAGUGACAUCAAAAACAUUCAAUGUUUCUGUCUAUGCUCGUCUGCCGGUUCCGGUCAUCACCAGUAACUCUUCACACUGCUCUUCAUCAUCAUGUUCAGUGGUGUGUUCAGUGUUGAAUGUGAGUGAUGUGACUCUCUCCUGGUAUAAAGGAAUGAGUGUAUUGUCCAGAAUCAAUGCAUCUGAUCUCAGCAUCAGUCUCUCUCUACCUCUGGAGGUGGAAUAUCAGGAUAAAAACACCUACAGCUGUGUGCUGAACAAUCCCAUCAGCAACCAGACCACACAUCUGGACAUCAACACACUCUGCAGACACACAUGUGCAGGUGCUCCAGUGUCUCUGAUAGUGUUGAUCUCGGCUGGAUCUCUGAUGAUUGUUGCUGUAGUCGUGAUCUUCUGCAUCUGCAGGAAAUGAGUAGACAAACAGGACGAUGAGUCCAAUUAAAAAUGUACAAAUAUUAAUAAGACACAAACAUUAACAACUUUUUUUUUUAACAUCUGUGUUCGUUGUUAAUGCAAUUCAGACCCAGGAGGAAGACAGAACUGAUCCAGCAUUGUGUAAACCAACAACACAGAAGGGAACACAUUGCAAUGUGGUUGCUGACAGUUAGCGUGAUUCAGAGACAUGAGAAAUGACUCAACGGUCAUUAUUACCUUCAAACAAGGGAUAGUUUAAAGGGGUGGUUCAUUAUGGUUUCCCUAACUUGCAGUGUAAAAUGUUGCGGUUUAAGCAUAAAUAACAUCUGCAAAGUUACAACGCCCAAAGUUCAAAGCAAAGGGAGAUUUUAAGGACUACAACAAAACGCCCCCGUGAACACAGUCCAUGUUGAGGAGACGAAAAGGUGUUGUAUAAAGACUACAUUUAUGAGUCAGCUCAAACUUUAGCAUCCAUCUUUUCGCAUGCAAUAUAUAGUUUUACCAGAUUGAAACUCUUGUUUGCCUCUUCCUCGCCCUAGGCUAAAUUCAUCACAAUUUAGCAUAACCUCAACUCUGCUGUUCUCCACAUCUGUAAAAAAUAUGAUUUGUGUAAACAACAUUGUAGACACCCUCUAACACAAGGAUCUGUGCAUGGAUCUCUACAUAUCCUAUACACAAAUUUGACAGUUACCCUUAGUCUGUUAGCCUGGAGGGCGCAGCCAGGCUAAUAGACUGUGGCCUAUUAAUCAUAAAAAAGAAAAUGUAAAUCUAAAUGGUUUUAACUUUGAGUAAAUUUGGUUUAUUAUUGUAAUAUCAAAAGUCAGUCAUAUAACAAAGUCAGUUUUUAUACCAGAACAGCAUCUUUUCUGUACAGUAGCUUUUCACGACAAAACAAAUUUGUCAGUGUUUAUAGAUUAUGAUUUGCUUUAAUAUCCCAGCAAGCAAUUUUGUGUUUAAAAGAUAUACAAUAGCGGACCAAACACUGCCUGGACGUCUAUGCUAAAAAAUGAGUGAAGAAAUGAAACACCUUGUAAUCACUGUUUACUUUGCUUACAUGAUGGAAUAUCAUGCAACUUGCAAGUUAUUUUGGGGGAAAACACUAACAUGUAACCAAAUUCAAGGUUAUUUUUUUGCCAGAAGUGGGUUACUCAUAGCCGUACUAGGUCUAUAGUUAAACGGUGAAAAGACUUAUAUUGCUUGCUGGGUGAGGUCUUGUUAAUAGCAAGGUUAUUCAGAGAGAAACCUAUCCUAGUUCUGUCACAUCUGCAGAUUCAUGACUAAGUUUUUUUUUUUUUUUUUUAGAAAUCAGAGAUGGAGUCUGUAUAUGAAAAAGUACCCAAAAAAAAAAAACAAUGAUCAAAUACCACAUCUAUGGUAACUUUUGUUAGAGCUAAAAGGAAAUUACCGCUCACUUUUGGUUUUAUUCAAUUUUUUUUCUCUGCCAGGAUUUUUUUUUUUUUUAUCUCUGCAUAUACGUUUUGGUGCUAUUGUGAUGUAUGAAAUGUUUUAAUUUAGUGGUUUACAUCAAAGCAUGCUAAAAAAAAACAUCUAUUUUUCAGUUUAACAUAUGGAAAUUUACCCAAC